ACCCUAUUUUGAUUUAUUUUUUCCGUGCAUUUAUUUUUGGUUCCAUAGCAGCGCACGUCUGACUUCUGGCAACAACUUGUGUUACUACUUCCGGAAUCAAACACAUGCGUGUGUUCUAAUCAUGGUAGACUUCGUAAAAAACAACGAAGACGACUACUUUUGGACUUUUGAAGCUAAAUAUACAGAGGAUGAACUACUGCUUAUUGAAGCAAGCAUGAAAAAGAGGGUGAAACGUUGGAGCAGACGAAAGCAGACAGAGUGAGGUGAUCCUAGCCGAGUCAUACCAAAGACUAUAAAUAUGGGACCCAUAACCUCCCUGCUUGGCACUCAGCAACAUAGGGUUGGAGUUGGGGGUUAAAUCACCAAAAUGAUUCCCGGGCGCGGCGCCGCUGCUGCCCACUGCUCCCCAAGGGGAUGGGACAAAUGCAGAGGACAAAUUUCACCACAUCUAGUGUGUGUGUGACAAUCAUUGGUACUUUAAUCUUAAUCUUAAAAUCGACUUGAAGCUGCAAAUGUGGAAUUUGAAGCCAUGCUAUUUCGACAUAAAUGGCGUGCUUACCAAAAAUCAACAGGAAACGUCCCGGGCGAGCUGGACCAGACGAACAACUGUCGAUCAAUUCCAUCAACUUCACCUCAGGUUUCUGAGGACAAAGAUGAAAAAACCAUGACCAAGUCUGCAUCCACCUCAUCAAGGCCGCUUUAGUCCACACCACCUACCAGUGCUAAUGCAACAGAAGGUUGAAGAAGGUGGCUGGUGAUAUAAUCCGACAAGUUGGGACACUUUGACCGCCAAUUAGGACCUGGAACUGGCAAGGACGACGCGAAAGGACGCUUGAUCUCCCUGCCACUCCACCACACCCCGUUUCUUCGGCGAGGAUUGAGACAUUUUUCAUCUAAAUGGGAAUAUAUGAAUAUCCUUGCAGUCGGCAUCCUAAAGACAGCGGACAUUGCACAGUCUUUUACUUAGGUGACCCCAGGGAUGCCUUUUCGUAAAAAACCUCAGCCGCCUGCUGCCCGCUCCACCGUAAUCGAUCAUAAGGCAAAGAAAUCUGGUCUACGUGGAACAGUAUUUGCAGUCAAUGGAGACAACUACACUGGACAGUGGCUGGACAACAAGAAGCAUGGUUGGGGAACCCAGGAGUGGAAGAUGUCUGGUGCUCUUUACAACGGCGAGUGGAAGUUUGGCAAACAUGAAGGACAUGGAAUCUACAGUGCACUUCAACCAGACACUAAGACGUAUGCCAUGCAGUACUGUGGCGAGUGGAAAAAUGGAAUGAAGCACGGACACGGUUCUUUUUUUUAUGCGAAUGCAGUUUAUGAAGGCGAGUGGAGUGAAGACAACCGUAGUGGUUGGGGAAGAAUGUGCUAUAAGAACGGCGACGUCUACGAGGGGGAGUGGCUGAGGGACAACGAGCACGGAAUGGGUGUCCUACAGUUUGCGAAUGGAAACUGGUAUGAAGGAUCUUGGAAGAACGGCAAGAAAAGUGGCCAUGGAAAGUUCUACUAUGCGGACAAAGGUCUGAUUUAUGAAGGUCUUUGGGUGGAGGGUGAUGCAAAAUGUGGCACUCUGUCGGACUUUGGGAGAGAAGAGGCACCUUACCCUACCAAGUAUCCGAUCCCACAGAUAACGCUAAUAGACAUGCGACUGGUUUUAACGGAAGCUGAGUCAGCAUACGUGGAUCAAACAUGAGGGCAACAAGUGGAGGAACUAUCUCUUGUGCGACUUUGCCAACAUAGGAAGUAGCAGCACACCUGGCUGGAAAAGCCACAUAUGUUGUUAGUAAUCUGCAAAGACUUGUGGGUAUUUUGCAGUGUGGGAUUUGUUGUCAUACUUCCAGAAGAAGCCCUUUGGGGACAGUCAAUGUUCUGUU